CUCAACUCGCAGACCAUGGCGAUUAAAUUCGAGCCGCAGAAGGCCGAGGCACCUCAACUUCGCGAUGAACAUCGUUCAUAUUGCAUUCUCUCCAACCGCCCCGGUAUCCCCCAGAUAUACCACUUCGGGCAAGAGGGACUUCACAACAUCCUCGUCAUCGAUCUUCUGGGGCCUAGCCUGGAGGAUCUGUUCGACAUGCGUGGGCGCAAGUUCUCAAUCAAGACGGUCUGUAUGGCGGCGAGGCAGAUGCUUGCACGCAUACAAACGGUGCACGAGAAGAACCUCAUCUACCGUGACAUCAAACCCGACAACUUCCUCAUUGGCCGGCCUGGUACCAAAAACGCGAAU